AUGUGGGGGAUGCCGGGUGCCGCGGUGCGGAGUAUCCGCCCCUACAAGUCCAGCGAGCAGUACCUCUACGCUAUGAAGGAGGACUUGGCUGAGUGGCUGAAGGAGUUGUACAACCUAGACAUCGAGGUGGGCACCUUCGUGGAGGUGCUGGAAACAGGGGCUGUGCUCUGCUCCCACGCCAACAACAUCACCCAUGUGGCCAGGGAGUUCGCCCGUGCCUGCCCUGGCACGGCCUGCCACCUCCGCCUCCCCACCACUGGUGUCGCCUGCAACCUCACGGCACAGCCGGGCACCUUCCAGGCCAGGGACAAUGUCUCCAACUUCAUCCAGUGGUGCAGGAAGGAAAUGGAUAUCAAAGAUGUCCUCAUGUUCGAGACAGAGGACCUGGUGCUGAGGAAGAAUGAGAAGAACUUCGUGCUGUGCCUGCUGGAGCUGGCGCGCCAUGCCGCCCGCUUUGGCAUGCACGCCCCAACCCUCGUGCAGAUGGAAGAGGAGAUCGAGGAGGAGCUGCGCCAGGAGCUGGACCUGCCACCCGCAGACACCCCCUUGCCCCGGCCCCCCAGGAAACCACGGGACCUCCACAACCUUGACCAGAUGGUCCAGCACCUGGUGAGCCGCUGUACCUGCCCUGUCCAGUUUCCCAUGAUCAAGAUAUCUGAAGGGAAAUACCGCGUGGGUGAUUCUGACACCCUCAUCUUUGUCCGGAUCCUGCGGGAGCACGUCAUGGUGCGGGUCGGGGGCGGCUGGGACACACUGGAGCACUACCUGGACAAGCACGACCCGUGCCGCUGCACCUCGCUCUCUCACAAACAAGCCUGGAAAACCAGGAGCCCCCAGCAGCAAGUACAGCAUGAGAUCUGGCUGUGCCCAGCCUCGAAGGCAGCUGCCCGCAGCCAGCCCCAGCCCACGCUGCUGGUCAACCGCUCGCAGAGCCCCCUGCCCCCCGUCGCCUGGGGGUCCCGUGCUCCCCCCAGCCCCCGGCCUCCUGCCACCCCCUUGCCGGAUGGCUCGGGUCGCCCGCUGGGUGUCAGCCCUUGCCGGGAGCCGGCACAGCCCCAGAGGGUCCCUUCAGGCAGGACGCGGGAGCCACCGGCUGCCCCUUUGGGGAGGCAGCUGCCACCGUCCAGGUCACCCGCUCGACUCAGCUCCCCUGGGCAUGGGGUGAUGUGCCGGGCACCCACCCCUUCCCAGCUGGUCCCCGGCACACAGGACAGAGUGGGGGUCUCCAAGGAGCUGCGUGGGAGCACUCCAGGGAAAAUCCCUGCAGCACCAGCACGGGGCAGGUCCACAGCACCCAGCACCCGGGUGACACCAGCACCUCGAAAAAGCACCCAGCAAAGAGGCAAAUCAUCUGUAGAGGCUGUCAGGCCACAAGAAGGGGGGGUCCCCACCAAGGUGACACCCCGUGGCCCCAGCCCCAUCAAAGUCUGUGCUACUUCCCCACACCAGGAUAGCCGGAGAGACUCACAGAACCAGAAAACCCCACGGGAAGGCAGCCGGGGAGCCCUUGGCCGGGGUCAACCGCCAUCACCCCGAAAUUCCUCCAGCCAGCCUCCAAAACAGGACUGCAGUGUUAAACCCUCCACCAAACCCAGCCCGGCCAUCUGCCAGCCCCCCACUCCUCUGGCCCAUUUUGCAGAUGGGUGCAAGGUCUGUGCUGCUGGGGGAGAUCCCCAGGGGACCCGGCAGUGCCAUCCAGACACAAGCCCAAGGGCUGUGGGUGCUGAGGGCCCCGGAGUGCCGGCAGAUGAGCUGGUGGGAGCCUGUGGCCCUGGUGGGGGGUGCAAGGAGCUCCAGGAUUGCUGGGGGCACGGGCAGCCCCCCGGCUACAGCAGGGUGGUGGAGGAGCUCUCCCAUGGGUGGCAGCCCCUGCGCCCCAUGGGGCUGGGGAGCUGGGUCCCCAAAAUGCACCCACGAGCCGCCCCGCAGCCCACCGCCCUCCUGACUGGUGGGGAGGUGGAGGGGCUGGAAGCAGGUGGCCAGACCCCACAGGGUCCCAGGGCCAGCAAUGUCCCCAAGCCCCGGCGGUGCCUGAAGAAACCUGAGCGCGUGCCCUCCAUCUACAAGCUGAAGCUGCGGCCCAAGGUGCGCCCCCGGAGGGACCACAGACCAGGCAAGCGCCCCUCGCGCAUCCCCACCCCGCUGGGGCAGCGCCCACCCGCCCCCCGGAGCCAGCAUCGCCCACCGGGGCCGCCCCAGCACCCCCAGCCCGGCAGCACCCGCCCGGGGGCCAAGCCCUUGCCAGCCGACAGCAGUGCCUGGCUGACCGAGGACGAUGAGGAGGCAUGGGUCUGACCCCCCCCCCCAUCCUGAGCUUCAGUGGGGAUGCACCCCUCACUCAUUUGAAGGUGGGAGCGAUGCUGAAGCUGGAGCCUGAGGUUGGCACGGGUAGUGCGAUAGAUUUGCUCCACGGCAACCCGGGGGCAUCCCCCCAUUGCUCUGUGGAGCUGCAUGCCCUCCUUCCC